CGAUAUACGGCCGAGGACGAAGAAAACAACAAGUUCUUCAAGAUCCUGAAGAUCCUGUUCAAGAGCUGAGAUGGAUACUGCUAUGGAAGGCAUGAGAAGGCAUGCGCCGGAUCUUGAGGUUGUCAUCUUCGGGAAACUGUUGCGCAGGCUCGCUCGCCGAACGUCGCCUACGAACGUGCAAAACGCAAAACGAUGGGUCAUUCGGCAUUGUACCGCGACCGCCUCGGUUGAUGCACUUGGAAAGGUCCUCGUCACUUUUGCGAAGGUCAAAGAUACCUUUAAGGAGCGUCUUAGCAUCCUAUACCUCGUCAACGACAUCCUACACCACUACAAGCAGACCUCCAGGCCAGAGCUCACCUCAGCGUUCCAGCCCUCCCUACUCCCUCUCCUAAGAUCAGCACACUAUGCACACCUAGGAUCAGAUUCAACGACAGCAGACGAAGAAAAGAGCAAAGUCACGAACCUACUCGAAAUCUGGACCCGAAAAGAAUACCUCCCAACCGUCGCCCUUAUUGGCCUCAAAGCCGGACUCCUCGUCCCACCCAAAGAAUUAGCCGCCACCACGAAACCAAGACCAUCAUCAACUCCAUCGUGUACGGUGUACAAACCAACAAUGCACGGCAACUCCUCCGACCCUUACUUCCUCCAGCCCGUCUCCUGCCUCCUCCAAGCACACAUCCCCGGCGUGAGCACCCUCAAUCCCUCCCGUGUCCGUCCAGUCCCUCUAUCAACCACCACCGACCCUAAAGUGAUGGAAGCGCUCGAGGAGUUCUAUGAGAAGGAGAGGAAAGGGUGGGAGUGGGAGUGGAUGGAAGAGGAGGAAGAGGAAGACGGGGAGGAGGAGAUGAGAUGGGAGGGGUGUGAUGUGCAGUUCUGGAGGGGGAGGGAGGCGGAGUGGGAGGAGGAAAUGGAGAUGCUACGCAAGAGGAGGGAGAGGUCUGUGAGCAGAGGCAGAAGCAAGAGUUUAUCGAGGUCGAGGUCAAGGGAAAGGAGACGGUCAUACCCACGCUCUCGUUCAUUAUCUCGCUCGAGGUCGCCACCGAGACGGAGACGGAGCUAUUCCCGGUCGCGAUCGCUAUCGCGCUCUGACUCUCGGUCGCGCUCUCGAUCACCCCUCCGUCAAUCUCGGUUUGACCAACCUCCGGGACCCGGGACAUAUGCCUACCCUCCAACGACUAUGGGUGGCCGCGUACUCCCUCCACCGACAAACCAGGGUACUACGAGUAUCGCGCCGGGGAUGCAACCACGAGGGCUGCCGGCGCCGACGAGGCAGGGUUAUAUGGGCGGUGGAGCAUACGAUGGGGAUUAUCAAAGUGGUUCAAGGAGGUAGGUUGAUGCGACUGGACGGGUGUUGAACGACAGAUGUAGUCGAAAGCGAACGGUAAGAGCCGAAUCGAAGAACAGCGCAAACCUAAUUCUACUCAUCUCCACGUC